CUUACGGAAAUACAGUGAAAAUAUAGUCGUCUUAAACCAUUGGGACGAGAAUGUUUAGCUAAAUCCAAGAUCAUAUGUUCAACUAGUCAUUUUGGAAUUCGGCUGAGGAGAGUGUCGUUACUCAUUUCAAAAGGCAUUAUAUUUCGCAAAAAUUGCCCUCGUACGUUUGGAUAACAUAAGGUGUUCGACGGAGGGACGCCGGACAAAAUGUCCCUCUUCCAGUCCGCAAUUGAUUUCCUCGCUGGGCCCGGUUCGGCAGGAGCUGCUAGUCGGGACCAUAAUGACUUUGUUGGGCAGAUUGUCGAGCUUGGUGAUAUGAAACUUAGAAUUAAAAGAGUUAUUGCAGAAGGGGGAUUUGCCUUUGUGUAUGAAGCACAGGAUUUAGGUAGCAGCAAAGAAUAUGCCCUCAAGCGACUCCUGUCCCAUGAGGAGGAGAAGAACAAAGAAAUCAUCCAAGAAGUCUGUUUCAUGAAAAAGCUGUCUGGCCACCCGAAUGUUGUGCAGUUCUGCUCAGCUGCUUCUAUAGGGAAAGAAGAGUCAGACACGGGUCAAGCGGAGUUCCUUAUCUUAACAGAACUGUGUAAAGGUCAGCUGGUGGACUUCAUCAAGCGUGUGGAGCAGAAGGGCUCCAUAUCAUGUGACACGAUCCUCAAGAUCUUCUACCAGUCCUGCCGGGCCGUGCAGCACAUGCACAAGCAGAAACCUCCCGUCAUCCACCGCGACCUCAAGAUUGAGAACCUGCUGAUCAGCCAACAGGGCACCGUUAAGCUGUGUGACUUUGGCAGUUCCACCACAAUCGCCCACUACCCUGACUACAGCUGGUCUGCUCAGAAGAGGUCCAUGGUGGAGGAUGAGAUCACCAGAAACACUACUCCUGCUUACCGUACGCCUGAGAUGAUCGACAUGUACUCUAAUUUCCCCAUCAAUGAGAAGCAGGACAUCUGGGCCCUAGGAUGCAUCCUCUUUCUGCUCUGCUUUAAACAGCACCCGUUUGAGGAGGGUGCAAAGCUGCAGAUUGUGAAUGGGAAAUACUCCAUCCCGCAGAAUGACGUCAAGUACACUGUCUUUCACGAGCUCAUCCGGUCCAUGCUGAAGAUCAACCCAGAGGAGCGUUUGUCCAUCAACGAGCUGGUGAACCAGCUGCAGGAGGUUGCUGCUGCUAGGAACGUCAAUCCCAAGUCCCCCAUCACGGAGCUCCUGGAGCAGAACGGAGGCUACGGAAACAACGGAGCCCAACUGCCAGCGCAGAUCAACAACAUCCACAAUGCAGGGAUGUAUGGGGCUGAUCCUGACCAAUCAGGCAGUGGCUUCCUGGACAUCCUCAAGGGAGGGACUGAACGCUUCCUGACCAACAUCAAAGACACCUCCUCAAAGGUCAUCCAGUCUGUGGCCAGCCCCAGCUAUGCAAAAGGAGACCUCGACAUUUCUUACAUCACCUCCAGAAUAGCAGUGAUGUCCUUCCCAGCUGAAGGAGUUGAGUCUGCAAUUAAGAACAGCAUAGAGGACGUGCGGUUGUUCCUGGACUCGCGCCACCCGGGUCACUAUGCCAUUUACAACCUCUCCAAGCGCUCUUACCGGCCCUCCCGAUUCCACAACAGGGUGUUUGAGUGUGGGUGGCAGGCGAGGCGGGCCCCCAACCUGAGGAACCUCUACAGCAUCUGCAAGAACAUGCACCAGUGGCUCAAACAGGACCAGAGGAACAUCUGCGUGGUGCACUGUCUGGACGGGCGUGCAGCCUCCGCGGUGGCCGUGUGCUCCUUCCUGUGCUUCUGCCGUCUCUUCACCACAGCUGAGGCGGCCGUCUACAUGUUCAGCAUGAAACGCUGCCCGCCGGGUAUUGCCCCCUCACACAAAAGGUACAUCGAGUACAUGUGUGACAUGAUGGCCGAGGAGCCCAUCAUCCCUCACAGCAAGCCCCUGCUCAUCCGCUCCAUCGCCAUGACGCCCGUGCCCCUUUUCAACAAGCAGCGCAACGGCUGCCGGCCCUUCUGCGAGGUGUACGUGGGCGACGAGCGCGUGGCCACCACCUCCCAGGAGUACGACAGGAUGAAGGACUUUAAAUCAGAGGAUGGACGUGCUGAGAUUCCUCUUGACAUCACAGUGCAGGGGGACGUGCUCAUCGUCAUCUAUCACGCCCGCUCCACAUUGGGUGGCCGUCUUCAAGCCAAGAUGGCCUCCAUGAAGAUGUUCCAGAUCCAGUUCCACACAGGCUUUGUGCCGCGAAAUGCUACCACAGUCAAGUUUGCAAAGUAUGAUUUAGACGCCUGUGACAUCCAGGAGAAGUAUCCCGACCUCUUCCAGGCCAACCUGAACGUGGAGGUGGAGCCUCAGGAUCGCCCAAGCAACAAAUCUCCACCAUGGGACAACUUUGCCACCAAAGGCCUCAAUCCCAAGAUCCUCUUCUCCAGCCGUGACGAGCAACAGGAGAUUCUCUCUAAGUUUGGCAAGCCUGAGCUCCCACGGCAACCAGGCUCCACGGCCUUCUAUGACGCUGAAUCGCCCCAGACGGAGCAAACGCCUGAUGGCUCCAACAGGUCCGAGUCGGAGUCCCCCCAGGACAACGACCCCAACGCCAACAACUUCUUUCAGACCCUUGACUGGCAGGAUGUUAGUGGUCAACACGAUGGGCCGGACAGCUUGUCUGGUCCCAUGGACGACCAGGACAACCUGAGCGAUGCCUCGGAAGACGAGUCCUACUCCUACUCGGGCCCGCCGGGCGAACCACUGUCCCGCGAUGCCAGCGAGCCCUUGUUCGACACGGACUUCCAGUCUCCGACCCUGCCUCCAGAGCCCCAGCCCAGCGACACUGUAGACCUGCUGGGCCUGAACUCGGACACUCCCGGCCCGCCGGCUCCUCCGCAGACCAGCACAGAAGGUGGCAUGAAGGCCUCCUCCAGCAACAGUGACCUCCUGAACGACCUCUUUGCCCCACCCGGGAUCGGUGUGCGACAAGAUAGCAGCAACGACUUGAUUGGAGACCAAGCGGACCAGGACCUGUUCUUUAACAAUGCGCCUAGCAAUACCACGGCUGCAGCCCAGCCUCCCAAAUUGAAUGACUUCUUUGACCCAUUCGGAAUGGGAUCAGGUCCGUCUGCACACCAGCAGUCAGAGCCCGACCUGUUUGGGGACCUCCUUGGCUCAGAGGGAGCCUCCAGCAACUCCAACCCGCCUCCAUCCUCCAACUCCAGCCUCUUUGACCUCAAUAAGCUGACCAACGAGCCUCCCAAAAUGACCUCGUCCGCUAGCCAGCCAGACUUGCUUGGAGGAUGGGACAGCUGGACGAAAAGUGGUGGACCCGCUGCAGCAGCCAGCAUGAACGCCAUGCCCAAAAAACCCUCCUUCCCCGCGCCGGGUGUGGCAUCCAUCUCCAAGACCAAGUCACAGAGCUUUGAUCCCUUUGCUGAUCUUGGAAACCUGGGAGCCACAUUACCAGGUUCCUCCAGCGGGGGCUUCUCUGGCUCUGGGUUCAGCAUGAAGUCAGGGCCCUCAGCUGCCCCCAAAAGCGGAGGCCAACAGUGGCCGGCUGGUGGCUCUCAGGCAGGGGCAGGUAAAGGCUGGAUGCCCCCUGCUUCGGCCUCAAAGCCCCAGCCACCCAAAUCUGCCCCCCAGUCCGGCAAACCAAACUACAACGUCAACUUCAGUGUGAUCGGGGGACGGGAGGAGAGAGGCAUCAGGGGCCCGGGCUUUGGUGAGAGCGGCCCAAAACCGAAAGUGAAGGAGGAUGACUUUGGGGACCUGCUGUCCACUCAGGGCUUUUCGUCCAAGCCAGAUAGGAGAGGGCCCCGAACCAUCGCUGAGAUGAGGAGACAGGAGCUGUCCAGAGACAUGGAUCCUUUGAAACUCCAGAUCCUGGACUGGAUCGAGGGGAAGGAGCGGAACAUCCGGGCCCUGAUCUCCACCCUUCAUACGGUCUUGUGGGAGGGAGAGACCAAAUGGAGGCCGAUGGGCAUGGCCGACCUGGUGACCCCCGAUCAGGUCAAGAAGGCUUACAGGAAAGCUGUGCUCGUGGUGCAUCCCGACAAGGCCACAGGUCAGCCUUACGAAGAAUAUGCUAAAAUGAUCUUUAUGGAGCUGAACGACGCCUGGUCUGAGUUUGAGAACCAAGGAUCCAAAGCCCUCUUCUGAUUUUCUCUCUCUCUCUCUCUGGCCACUGCACACUGCGGGCAGCCACUCCUCCCAGGCGUGUGGGCUCCCUCUAGUGGUGGGAGAUGGGAUAUGGUGGCCAGUGUCCACACUUCUCACCCUCCACACACAUCACCUCUUUAGCCUUCUCAAGUACCAGACACUGCCAGCUCCUCUGGGCACAGACUGCAGGAGGAAGGGUGAACACAGGCUCCACGCCUGCGAGGGUUCAGUCUCAGACAAUCACAAAAAAACAACAAAAAUAGAGAAAGAGAAUGAUUGAAUGGAUUUGAACGGACUUCAUUCAUCCUCAGCAGUGCAAAUGUGAAUUUCGAAAUGCUGGUCGACCGCGCACAUCGGGUCAUGUCACGUCUGGCAACAGACUGCAAACAACUCCAUUACACUCCUGGAAUGCCAGGCUGGGUGGCUCUCCUUCUCAAUCUUCUCCAGUGACUACACUGUGUCACGGCGAUGUGUCACAGGUUAAACACACACACACACACACACGCACCCACACACCCACCAAGUAUGCUCUGAGCCUGGCACGGUAGCCUGCAGCCUGUGUCUGACACUGCAAACCCAUUAUGAGACAUCUGACGUAGGAGGAUGUUGAACAAAAAAGAGAGGGGUAAUUUCACCAUGCUGUUUGGAGCUUUGCAAGAAACCUUUUGUUGUUUAUUUCAUUUCUGCUAGGAAAUAUGAGUGCUAGUUUUCUAUUGCUUCAUUGUAAAUACUGUUUGUGUGGAUGGGGUGAUGUGGGUGCAUAUUGAUAUUAAGCAUUGUAUGAAUGAAUACAUGAUGACUGAAUGAGUGAGUGAAUGAGUGAAUGAAUGAAUGGAGGGUGCACUGAAUUGACACCUUCUAAGACUUGCUCCCAUCAUGUCUUUGUUUUUGUGAUUAUUGACCCUCAUAUCCACUUUGGGCCUGUACUGUUUUUUGCCACCCAACUCAUUCACUGUUAUUAUGUGUACGUGAGCGGGGGAGGUAUUUACCGAAUUACGUAAACUCAACAUUUGAUU